GGCCGGCGUGGCCCCGCCUCCGCCGGCGCAGCGUCUUGAGACGCAAGGCGCCGCGGGGGCUGCCGGGACGGGUCCAAGAUGGACGGCCACCUCGGUUCCGCUUUUACCCGCGGCCCAGAGCCCCAUUCAUUGCCCCGGUGCUGAGCGGGGCUGCGAGUCGGCCCGAGGCCUCCGGGGACUGCCCAGCCGGGCGGGCGACCGCCAUGGCGACCCUGGAAAAGCUGAUGAAGGCCUUCGAGUCUCUCAAGUCCUUCCAGCAGCAGCAGCAGCAGCAGCAGCAACAGCCGCCGCCGCCGCCGCCGCCGCCGCCGCCGCCGCCGCCGCCUCCUCAGCUUCCUCAGCCGCCACAGGCACAGCCGAUGCUGCCUCAGCCGCAGCCGCCCCCGCCGCCGCCCCCGCCGCCACCUGGCCCGGCUGUGGCUGAGGAGCCGCUGCACCGACCAAAGAAAGAACUUUCAGCUACCAAGAAAGACCGUGUGAAUCAUUGUCUGACAAUAUGUGAAAACAUAGUGGCACAGUCUGUCAGAAAUUCUCCAGAAUUUCAGAAACUUCUGGGCAUCGCUAUGGAACUUUUUCUGCUGUGCAGUGAUGACGCAGAGUCGGAUGUCAGAAUGGUGGCUGAUGAAUGCCUCAACAAAGUUAUCAAAGCUUUGAUGGAUUCUAAUCUUCCAAGGUUACAGCUCGAGCUCUAUAAAGAAAUUAAAAAGAAUGGUGCCCCUCGGAGUUUGCGUGCUGCCCUGUGGAGGUUUGCCGAGCUGGCUCACCUGGUUCGGCCUCAGAAAUGCAGGCCUUACCUGGUGAACCUUCUACCGUGCCUAAGUCGAACAAGCAAGAGACCCGAGGAAUCAGUCCAGGAGACCUUGGCUGCAGCUGUUCCCAAAAUUAUGGCUUCUUUCGGCAAUUUUGCAAAUGACAAUGAAAUUAAGGUACGAUUAUUGCCUCAGAUCACAAACAUGUGAGUGACGCGGUGAGUGAGUCUGUGGAGGGUUACAGCUUCUGAGCAGGGAGUCGUGUGGGAGUGCUUCUUAGAGUAUGUUGUAUGUCGUAAUUUAGACUACCGUCAUUUGUGUUAUUUUUGAGGCACCUAAAGACUUCUUUCCACUUCUGAUUUCUUACUGUGGGGUGAAGAGUUGAAUUGGGAGAUGGUUUAUAGAUGCAAAUUCAGAAGGCAUAUUUCCAGAGCCAGAUUGGUUUUCAGUGUACUAGAGUGACUGUUUAACCUAGCUGUGGAAAGAUGGCUGUGCCAGGACUGCAGGUAGGAGAAAGCUCACCGAUGAGGCCUUGUGGGUCUGAACAUCCUGCAGCUCUCAGGGCCUGUUGGCUCCCUGUUGUGUAUUCCAACAAACCACCUUCAAACCCACUUUAGUGUUUGUUUAUAAUGUCCAGAAAUAGUGACCCUGUCACAUGCUCUACAGAUUACAGGAUUCCUAGCCUCUUCCUUUGUGGUGGGGCAGUCCUGGGUUUGAGCCCAAGUGGCCCUCUUGAAAGGUGAUGAUACACAGUGGGUAGAGUGGAAUCAGAUGGACUCGGAUUAGAAUUCUGUCCACUUUACUGGUUCUUUUCCUCUAGGCAAACUAUGCAACAGCUCUAAGCUAUUUCCUUCGUAUUCUGAAAAAUAAGCCUUAAUGGGACCCAUAUUGGGCAAUUCUGAGAGUGAAAUAAAUGAAUAUGUGUUAGAGUGUAGCAUAGUCGCCCACAGGAAGGGCUUAGAUGUUAGCUGCUACUGCUCUUAUUAGCUGAAUGACUUGGAAUAAACUGUUAGCCUCUGUCAUGUUUUUUUCUCUGAACUUUGAAGUUUUCUUGUUAAUACUAAGGAGAUAUUCAAACUAGUCAUGGGGUUUUGGAAUGACGAAGGGAGAUCAUAAAUCUAAAGAAUUUACUGUGGUAAUUCAUCAUGCUCAGUAAAUGGUAGCUGCUGCUUGCCGUUAUUUUUAUUACCAUCUCUUUGGAGUGGGAGUAGGUCUCCUUUGUGGUCAGAGGCUGUGAGAGCUCCGCAGCGCCAGUCUGCCCGUCCGUACACUGGGCUCUGAUGAAGGCAGUUCCCUCUGUGAUAUCUCUGGCUGUCAGAGCUCAGAUGAUAGAUGGUGUUUUUGUACUCUCAGUUCUCAUCAUUUUCGUGAUUUCGAUCACCAUUUGAGUAUGAUGAUGCUAACACUUUGUUGAACAUAGAGUCCAUUAAUUACUUCCUUCCUGAACCUUAGGUAUUUAAAAAAAUCUAUUCUGCUACCUCUCUGCUCAUUUAUGAUUAUUCAGAUUUAUUAUCAAGAGCCUGGUAUAGUGGCUUGUGCCUAUAAUUGUAGCUACAUGGGAAGCUGAGGUAGGAGGAUUGCUGGAGGCCAGGA